GUAUGAUGAUGUCAAACGUGAUGCUGAUGCUACAGUUACAGACACAGCCCCUGCUGGCGCAGCCUCUCUGAUUCCCUCUCCUCCUCCGCGUCCAGCGCUGGGCCUUUUCAGACAAGUGCAUCUCCUAACCAGGUCACAUUUCAGCCGCGACCCACCAUCCGUCUUCCACCGUAGUCAGACCGCGGGAGGAGGGCAGAGGAAGCUGAGGAAGACGACACAGCGCUCGCUUCGGCAACCGCGCGGGGUGGGCGAAAGGACAUUAAAAUACUGCAGAAGUCAAGACCCUCCCCGGUCCAACCAGACCACGAUGCGCGCCCCAGGCUGCGGGCGGUUGGCGCUGCCGCUGCUGCUCCUCGCCGUGGCCGCCCUGGCCGAAGGCGAUGCCAAAGGGCUCAAGGAGGGCGAGACCCCCGGCAAUUUCAUGGAGGACGAGCAAUGGCUGUCGUCCAUCUCGCAGUACAGCGGCAAGAUCAAGCACUGGAACCGCUUCCGAGACGAGGUGGAGGAUGACUACAUCAAGAGCUGGGAGGACAAUCAGCAAGGAGAUGAAGCCCUGGACACCACCAAGGACCCCUGCCAGAAGGUGAAGUGCAGCCGCCACAAAGUGUGCAUCGCCCAGGGCUACCAGCGGGCCAUGUGCAUCAGCCGCAAGAAGCUGGAGCACAGGAUCAAGCAGCCUACCCUGAAACUCCAUGGAAACAAAGACACUGUCUGCAAGCCCUGUCACAUGGCCCAGCUUGCCUCUGUCUGCGGCUCUGAUGGCCACACUUACAGCUCGGUGUGUAAGCUGGAGCAGCAGGCCUGCCUGAGCAGCAAGCAGCUGUCGGUGAGGUGCCAGGGCCCCUGUCCCUGCCCCACAGAGCAGGCCACCACCUCCACCACCGACGGCAAACCAGAGACCUGCACGGGCCAGGACCUGGCAGACCUGGGGGAUCGUCUGCGGGACUGGUUCCAGCUCCUUCAUGAGAACUCCAAGCAGAACGGCUCUGCCAGCAGUGGUGCCAGCCCCACCGGCGGGCUGGACAAGAGUCUGGGGGCCAGCUGCAAGGACUCCAUCGGCUGGAUGUUCUCCAAGCUGGACACCAGCGCCGACCUCUUCCUGGACCAGACGGAGCUGGCCGCCAUCAAUCUCGACAAGUAUGAGGUCUGCAUCCGUCCCUUCUUCAACUCCUGCGACACCUACAAGGACGGCCGGGUCUCCACUGCCGAGUGGUGCUUCUGCUUCUGGAGGGAGAAGCCCCCCUGCCUGGCGGAGCUGGAACGCAUCCAGAUCCAAGAGGCUGCCAAGAAGAAGCCAGGCGUCUUCAUCCCGAGCUGCGACGAGGACGGCUACUACCGGAAGAUGCAGUGUGACCAGAACAGCGGUGACUGCUGGUGUGUGGACCAGCUGGGCCUGGAGCUGACAGGCACACGGGCGCGCGGGAGCCCCGACUGCGAUGACAUCGUGGGCUUCUCGGGGGACUUCGGGAGCGGUGUCGGCUGGGAGGACGAGGAGGAGAAGGAGACGGAGGAAGCCGGCGAGGAGGCGGAGGAGGAGGAGGGCGAGGCGGGCGAGGCAGAUGACGGCGGCUACAUAUGGUAGACAGCGAGGGGAGACGGGCCGCAGAGACCUGGGCAGACGCAGGCAGCUUAGCAGAUGGAUCCGGAAAGGAUGGUUGGAAGCACCCUGACUCCAGCAGGGCAGACUGGGCGUGUGCAUGUGCGUGUGCGUGGUGCAUGUGUGCACGAGUGCGUGUGUGUGUGUGUGCGCGUGUGGCAUGCACUGACAAAUCUGUCCUUGGUCCACACCGCCCCUGGCAGAGUGAUCACCCAAAGGCCCCUUCUGCCUCCAUAAGUUGUUUUCUUUCCAUUUGUGGUCAUGCACACCCCAAGGUCAAAAGUGAAACAAGAUGCCCCCUAGCCACGUCCCCUAACCAUGUUCUCUAGCCACGUCCCUUAGCCACAUCCCCUUGCCACGUCCUGCCCCACUCCGACUCCCUGCAGGUCCCUGUCCUGAUUUGCUGUCCUCGGCUCCCCCAGCCCUCCCCCUUCCUGCCCCUGCCUUCCCUUCUUCGUCCCCCUUCUGAGGUCAGCCUCAGCCUGAGGAAGUGGCCCCCUGCAGAGAGGGGGGAUGGCAGGGAACCGGCCCCUGGCUGGCUGUCCUCCCCAAACUGGGCCCCUUGGUUGAGAUCCCCACCUGCCUCAGGCAAGAUGGGCAAGGACACCCAGCCACAGCAAGCCCUGUCCCUUUGCUGGAUUCCCAAGUGCUGGAGAAAUUCUCCAGACCCAAAUCAGUGUGACCAGAGGAGGCCAAGAAGGAGCUGGGGCAGAAGCUGGGAGCAGGGGCAAGGGCCGGCCGUGCCAGUUGUCUGUGGUUUCUCCACCUGAUACAGCAACCCACAGCAGCGGUUCUAGGAGUCGAGUUGGGGGCAGCCCUGUGUGCCACACCCAGGGAUCAUCCAGACCCUUCCUGGGGUAGAGAUUCCUUGGGGGUCUCAGGCAGGGCCUCUUAGAGGGACGUGGUAGUGGGUGGUGGUUGAACUGCACCUGGCUCCCAUUGGGUGCUGCCUGUGGGGCGCUGCUCGUCCCUCUACCCCCUUACUGGGGGGCCCUUGUCCACUCCAGGGAACCUGAGGAUCAGGAGCAGCCGGUGAGGGGCCUGGGUCUGGUUGGGGUGUGUGAGUGCUCACCUUCUCCCUCACCCCUUAACUAAAUGCUCCCCUCCCCCGGACCAGUAGAUACCCUUCAAAGCAGAAGCACUUGUAAGUUAUAUUCCUGCUCCCCCAGAUCGUGAUUCUUUCUCCAUUUCUCCUCCUCAAGGGACAGAAACCAACAGGCCUGGCCCCAACCCAGCUCCUCUCAACCCUUGGGGUUUCCCUGUCUCCCGUCUGAACCUCCCCCAGGGCUGCUCUGGUGAUGGGGUGCCCCAAGCUGUCUUUUGAGGCCCUGUAGUGUUGUGAAGAAUCAGAGGGGACAGGACCUGCUGUCCCUGAACACGGAAGCUGCACCUCACUCUUCCCCCAAAUCUCCUUACCAGGUGGGAGCCAGGAUUGACGCGAGGGGGCCCCAUUUUCUCCCCUGUCCAUCCUGUUCUCCCUGCUGAAGCAAAUUCCUUAACACCUUUGGUGAAGGAUUUCUUACCUGGACUUGGGCCUCUGGUGCCCUUCCGAGCGUGUGAGCGCUGUGUGUGUGAGCCCGCAUGUGUGUGUGCACGUGCGCGUCUGUGUGUGUGUGUGUGUGCGCGCGUGUGAGCCUGAGGGCUGUGCCUGGGGGCUGGGAGUGCAGUGGGGGCAGCACCCUGUGGGCUGGGCCGGUGGCUGUGCAGGAGGUGGGGGGCACUGUGAUGGGCUUCCGGGGCGAGGGUCCCAGCCUGGCUGCCCCCGAGCUUCUCCCAGCAUCCGCUUUAUGGAAGAAUCUCGCCCUGUCCGCCCCUUUACUCCACCCUGGAAUCGACAUCUUCCGAGUCCUCUCUUGGGGGAAUUAACACAACUCCAGCUAGCUCCAUAAACCGCUUCUCAUUCACAGCAGCGUCAAGGUGUCCCGUCGUCCCAGCUCCUCCGCCACCUCCUCGCCCUCCUGUCCCCUCUGCACCCUCCCGCUUCCCUCCCCUGGUCCCCUGGUCCCCGGCCGCCCAGGGAAACCCGGUUCCUCGCCAGCCCUCUUCUCCCAGCAGUCAGCAACUCUGACCCGGAGCUACUUGAAACUUCCUGCUCUCGCUAGGACUGGAGUCUUGUCUGUCUCUUCUCUCUGCCCCAGCUCGGACUUCUUGGACUGUCCCCUUUGGGGGGCGGCUGUUGGGGUGCUGGGACGGGGAGGGGCCGGAGCGGAAGGGGCAUCCCUUGUUCUCUCACUGUCCCCACCCUCCUGGGGGGCGUUGUGCACCGUGUCUGGGUCUGCUGGUCGGCACGUUCCUAUGACCUUGUAAAUAUGUUUUAGAAAGAAAGCAAAAGGAGCCAGACCCUGGUGGGUCUGCAGGGUCCAGCCUCGCCUGUCUCUGAACCCACCCCCCCCAACUUUGCUUUUCACCCCACUCUCUGAGACCGAGGGCCCCCACCCACCCAAAGGCGGACAAAAGUGUUCGCAGCCCGGCCGAGUGCCUCCAAGUGACUUCUUGUCCGACAAGCUUGAGGUUUCCUUCUGAAGAGGGUUGCAGGUUGGUCCUUCCUCAGCUCCUAGAUUUGGGCCCUGGGCCGCGCACCUGCCUCCCAGCCCCUCCCAGGGCCCUCCGCACUGAUGGCCUCUCCUUCCUACCCCACUCCCACCGGCUUAGGAGGCAGGGGGAUUAGGGCUGCAUUGGAAACAGCUCAACCAAAUUUUAAUAGAACAGUUUCUUGCCUGGCCCCUGGCUGCCUCUGGCUGCCCCUGGCUGCCCCAGGCCUCCUGAGCCCAUGGAUGCUGGGAGAGUCGGGUUUGUCUAAGAUGGGGGCUGACUGGGGUUGGAGAGAAUAAAUGUGCCUUGAGAGACCACUCAGAGAGAGCCCCAGGGUGAUGGGCAGGAGGAGGGCAGCAAAGCUGGUGAGAGCACGAGGGGACAUCGUGGCUGACCCCGUGUCCUGAUGGGGCCAUGACCACGUGUGUUAGUGGCCCCACUUCCUUCCUCACCCCAGCCUGUGUGGUUUCAGUGGGCAGGUCGCCCAGUCGGCCUUUCAUGACCUCCAUCUGCUUCCAACUUCACCUCUGAGUGGGGUCCAUUGGUGUCAACAUCGGAACCCUCCAUUUCACCAAAGCUCUGAGCCCUCAGCCCUUGGGGAGAAGGAAUGGCUGACCUUUGACACCUGGGGCAUUGCGCAACUGUGGGCUGGCGGGGGUCAAGGGGAAGAGACACCGGGGGUGCAAAAUGAGACGCGAGACAUCCCGGGGAAGUCCCAAGCCGAGCAAACUGCUUUAUAGCCUGAAGCCUACUUAAACUGUGUCAUGUGCAAUAACUGAGCUUAGAGUUAAGAAUCGUGUUUAAGUGCUUGGAUUUCCGUCUGUAUAUUUAAGUGCUGAAAUCGUAUCUCUCAGUAAUUUUAGAUGUCUUAAAAAAAAAAUCGAAAAACAAAGUGUUAGACUAUGUGUGUGCAUCAAUGGGCACUCAGACGCCCUGUGGAUCACUAACCCUCUCCCUUCCCCCUGUUUCCCCCUCCCUGUCCCCCUACGCCUCCAUCCCUGCCUCCACUUGGGGACCCCACCUCGUGUCGUCUCUAUCUGCCUAUUACUCAGCCUAAGGAAACAAGUACACUCCACACAUGCAUAAAGGAAAUCAAAUGUUAUUUUUAAGAAAACGGAAAAUAAAAACUUUAUAAACACCA